ACUCCGAAGCUCUCUUCGAUCCAACUCGAAAAAUGACUGGCAUCAACCCCGGCGACGAGAAACUUGUUUUUGAGUCCUCAGAGGCCAUCUCUGUCGUCUCGACGUUUGACGACCUCAACCUUAAGGAAGACCUGCUACGGGGAAUCUACGCCUACAACUUCGAGAAACCCUCUGCCAUCCAGCAACGUGCUAUACUCCCCAUCACCCAAGGACGCGACGUUAUUGCGCAGGCUCAGUCGGGUACUGGUAAAACAGCCACAUUCUCAAUAUCCAUCCUCCAGUCCAUCGAUGUGUCUGUCCGGGAAACCCAGGCGUUGGUGCUCUCUCCAACGAGAGAACUUGCUACUCAGAUUCAAUCCGUCGUUCUCGCCCUCGGUGAUUACAUGAACGUCCAAUGUCACGCUUGCAUCGGAGGUACUUCUAUAGGGGAGGACAUCCGUAAGUUGGAAUACGGUCAACACGUCGUAUCUGGUACACCCGGUCGUGUGUUUGACAUGAUUCGGCGGAGAGCCCUUCGGACACGAAACAUCAAGAUGCUGAUUCUCGACGAGGCAGACGAACUGCUGAACAAGGGUUUCAAAGACCAAAUCUACGACGUUUACCGAUACCUCCCUCCGGCAACUCAAGUCGUAUUACUGAGCGCCACGUUGCCGUAUGACGUGCUAGAAAUGACCACCAAAUUCAUGACGGAUCCCGUUCGUGUCUUGGUCAAACGUGAUGAGUUGACGUUGGAGGGUAUCAAGCAAUUCUUCGUGGCAGUAGAAAAGGAAGACUGGAAGUUCGAUACGUUGUGUGAUCUGUACGACACUCUAACGAUCACACAAGCCGUUAUCUUCUGCAACACCCGCCGAAAGGUUGAUUGGUUGACGGAAAAGAUGAGGGCCGCGAACUUCACCGUGUCUUCUAUGCACGGUGAAAUGGUACAGAAAGAGCGGGAUACGAUCAUGGCUGAAUUCCGCAGUGGUACUUCGCGUGUGCUUAUCACGACGGAUGUGUGGGCUCGAGGAAUCGACGUUCAACAAGUUUCACUUGUCAUUAAUUAUGACCUACCUGCGUAAGUAUCCGUUCCCCGUCAUGGCGUUCGCUUACUUACACUCUUCGCUCAGAAAUCGUGAGAAUUACAUCCAUCGUAUUGGCCGGUCGGGACGUUUUGGUAGAAAGGGUGUUGCUAUCAACGUACGCGUGUACCCUACAUUGUCAUUACGUUCUCUCACUUAUCACGAUCCAGUUCGUCACCUGUCGAUGAUGUCCGCAUCCUCCGUGACAUUGAGCAAUUCUACAGCACUCA